CCCGUGACUCUCUUUAUAAUCUUUUCUCCUCUUCCAAUUCUUCUUCUGAAUCAAAACCCUAGUCAUUUUUCACUUUCACGGCGCACCCGCAGUCACACGAUCGCCGUUCGAGAAACGAUGUCGACUGUUGGAGAGCUUGCUUGCAGUUAUGCUGUUAUGAUCCUCGAGGACGAGGGUAUCGCGAUCACUGCUGAUAAGAUUUCGGCAUUGGUGAAGGCUGCCAAUGUGAAUGUUGAAUCAUACUGGCCAAUGCUUUUCUCCAAGAUGGCUGAGAAGCGUGGUGUCUCUGAUCUCAUCGCGAAUGUUGGUGCUGGUGGCGGGGGGGCUGCUUACCCCGCUGCAGCUCCUGCUGCUGCUGCUGGUGGCGGUGCCGCUUCAGCUGCUCCUGCAGCAGAGGAGAAGAAGAAGGAGGAACCUGAAGAGGAGAGUGACGGAGAUUUGGGUUUCAGCUUGUUUGACUAAGCGCGUCCAUUUCGUAUAAGGAUUGUGUCCUUAGCGGCGUGUAGUGGAGAGUUGGGGACUGUACUUUUUUGCCUUAAUUGAAACCUACUUAGUGUGGUUUAUAUUAGUUUGAUCUAUAUAUGAGUUGGCUCAUCGUCCUCUAGACCCUUUGGGCAUAUAAUGAUAUAUUAUAUAAUGCAUAAAGUUUGGAGCUUUCUAUCAUCA